CGUUGCAGACCCGAACAAAAAGUAGAGCCCCGUGGUGUAUUCAAGCGGUCUUCUUUCUAAUCAUUUUACACUAGCAUCAUUUCAAAAUCUUCUCUCAGAGGGAAAGACGCAUUCCAGAGGCCUUGAUUAUGAAGAACCACAUUUUGCCAUUCCACGAAGCAACGGUGAAGGUUUGGUGAUCACACAAGGUAGAAGCCUGAACUUUUUGAAUGAAGCCACUGGGAAAGUUUCUCCAUUUGUCUCAGAAGAGAAGUUUGAGCUGUCAGCUGAUGGACUAAUUAAUGAUGGAAAGUGUGAUGCUAAGGGCCGACUCUGGUUAGGUACGUACGUUGCAGGUGGUAGUUUCGACGAGGUGGAGAAAUGGAAGCCAAAUGGGGCCCUCUUUAGAAUCUCACCCGACGGAGCGGUCAGCAAACAGGCAGACCAGAUUGUUUUAUCAAACGGCCUGGACUGGACAACAGACAGCCGGACCAUGCUGUUCGCGGACAGCUUUGGCCUAAGGAUGUACGCCUUUGAUUUCGACCUGGAAAGUGGGGAGCUCAGUAACCGACGUGUGUUCAAACAGUGGGAGGCGGGCUCGGAGGAGUUUCCGGACGGACUUUGCAUAGACGCCGACAAUAAGGCUUGGGUGGCGAUGGUCAGCUCUGGACGGGUAAUUCAACUCGACUUAGAGACCGGGAAAGAGUUACAGAGCGUAAGUCUACCUUGUAAGGGGGUCACGUGCCCUAAUUUUGGCGGCAAAGACUUAAGCGUACUCUACGUGACGACAUCUGCAACAUUGAGACUGCAAGGCUGGCCGGAGAAUCCCCCAGAGGCGGGCGCCAUCUUUAAAGUGACGGGAUUAAACGCCAAGGGGAAAGCACCCAAUAUGUUCGCCGGAUAAAUAAUAAAUACGAGAGUUACAUCUCUUAGCAAAAUGUAAUACAAUGUACGUCAAAAAAGAUUAAUAAUAGUUGCCUCUCAGAAAAGUGUAUUCGUAGACUGGGAGCUAAGAUCGCAUGGUUUUAGAGGUUAGAGAAGAAAUAAACAAAAACCAAGAAAAGAAAAAACAGAAAAGAAUUAAACUGAUGCUGCUCUUCUUACGUUGUGAAAAACCUCAUAUUUUUCUCUAAAAAAACCAACUAGUACAGUGCAGCUCUACAUCUAUGAAUACAGACCUUAACACACAACAUUGCGUUAUGGUAGUUGUUUUAAAAGGGUAAAUUAUCUGAUAAUCUUUAUACUUUCUUUUUUACUUACAAACUCAACACCUUCCCUGGGGUUAUUCGCUAUGGUUCUAUGGAUUUGCAGCUAAAUAAUAGAGCUCUGACACUCAUUAAGAGAUAAAUGUCAUUUAUAAUGCCACAAUAUCUUCGUCUUCGUUGGCAUCAUGCAAUACGCUCAGAUCUUUUUGAAAAUUUAUGUGUAUUUAUGAAUAAAAGGCAAAUUUUGAAUUCAUGGUUAAUGAACACUGUUAUUAUUGCUCUCAGUGUUUCAUACUAUUUUUAAGAGUAAGUCAAUAAAACACAAAUUUGUGUUGCCAUACCUUGUUCCUGCAUGUAACUUUCACCCGAAAUAGUCAAUCGGUUUGCUUUUAGGCAAUCUUUUAGGACUGAAUAGAAUUAAAACAGUAGGACAGCUGGAGGAGGAGGAGUAAAAAGGGGGGGAGGGGGUGUAACGAUACAACCAGGUGAUAACCUAGACCUUAUUAUAACAGUUAAACUUUGACAAAAUAUGCUUACUUGUAUACUCGAAGAAUUGAUAGAAACAUUCUGACUGCUGACAGCAGACGUUCCCAAUCGUUUAUAUUUUCUUACCCUAUUACAUGAAUAUAACAGCUGCUUUUACUAUCGGAAUUAAACAAUUAUUUUCUA